UGUCUCCGGAGCCCGCUUCUCUGGCCGCCCUCGCCACACAGGCUGACUGUCGUGCGGCCGUCGCCAUGUCUGUGAGCGAGAUCUUCGUGGAGCUGCAGGGCUUUCUGGCUGCCGAGCAGGACAUCCGAGAGGAAAUCCGAAAAGUUGUGCAGUGUUUAGAACAAACAGCUCGAGAGAUUCUAACUCUACUGCAAGGGGUCCAUCAAGGUGCUGGGUUUCAGGACAUUCCAAAGAGGUGUUUGAAAGCUCGAGAACACUUUGGUACAGUAAAAACACAUUUAACGUCUCUGAAGACCAAGUUCCCUGCUGAACAGUAUUACAGAUUUCAUGAGCACUGGAGGUUUGUGUUGCAGCGCUUGGUCUUCUUGGCAGCAUUUGUUGUGUAUUUGGAAACAGAAACACUGGUGACUCGAGAAGCAGUUACAGAAAUUCUUGGCAUUGAGCCAGAUCGGGAGAAAGGAUUUCAUCUAGAUGUAGAAGAUUAUCUCUCAGGAGUUCUAAUUCUUGCUAGUGAACUGUCGAGGCUGUCCGUCAACAGCGUGACUGCUGGAGACUACGCUCGGCCCCUUCACAUCUCCACCUUCAUCAACGAGCUGGAUUCCGGUUUCCGCCUUCUCAACCUGAAAAAUGACUCCCUGAGGAAGCGCUAUGACGGCUUGAAGUAUGACGUGAAGAAAGUGGAGGAGGUGGUCUAUGAUCUCUCCAUCCGGGGCUUCAACAAGGAGACGGCAGCCGCUUGUGUUGAAAAAUAGGAGGCUCUCCCUGCUCCCGGUCUUGCUGACUCAGCAGGUGCCAGGAGGGGGUGAGCCCAGAGUGCCUCUGAUGGUAGUUAGGACGCCCAGUUGCUGAGCACUGCGCUUUAUUUUCGUAACUAGUUGUGUGGCGUGAGUAUCAGAAUUGAAACACUCUUUUGGGAGUUAAAAAAACAGCCUCUACGUGGACAGACAUUUCUUUGUUGUUUCAGCGAAUUUGCUCUGUACUUCUCUGUAUUUCAGUUCUGUCACAAAGUGAAAUGUUAAUCUCUUGGUAAAGUCCUUUUCUUGCUUGCCCUGACUGUUGAUGUGCUGAUUGAGAAGUUUAUUGUCUUGUUUGUGGUUCUCCCAGAUGUGAUGCCUGAUAUUUUCUAUAUCCAAGUUAACAUCCAUCCACAGGUGUAUCUAAAAAUAGAUCAUUAAAAAGAAUGGUUGCCAAGCAAGGAAAACGCAUUUUAUAUUUUCCCUACCUUAUUUUAAACUUUGCGAGUAAAUCAGAAGUUGAAUUUUUUUGUCAAGGGAGUUAUAGCCCUGGGUUCUCUCUCACUGCCAUCAAAAUAUAAAGGAUUAAACUACAAAGUCAAGCUCAGUGGAUUUUGGAAAGUUUUUGUAGUAAGGAAUUUAGUAACAUCUUAUCAUUUGGUUCUACCAGGCAGGGGGUUGUGCUUAGUGUUUCAAAACACCUCUGCUUUCUGAUACUGCCUUAACGUUCUGCUAUUACACCAAUUAAAAAUUGUCUGCCAUUUGGUCUUGGAGCAUAAAGCCACCCACAUGAGUUAAUACACAAAACCCUGACUAGUAUAUUAGAAAAAAAUGCUGUGCUUUGGAAGAAAGAUAAAAUCCCAGAUUAAAAAAUUAGUUUGAUUUGGUAAUGUUUUUUAGAGUAAGAAAUUUCAGGUUGUUGAUGACUAUGAACAGUCAGGUUUUAAAUUUAAAGUUUGGGGCAAGUCAUGCAAAUCUUGUUGGCAUUCCCCUUCCUCAUUUUCUGUUAGUAAUAAGAAUAUUUACCAGGUAACUCUUGCUAUUGAGUUGAAAUUAUUAAAAUGGUGACUUAAUCUGUAGUUCUUUGGCACCCACUGAAAGGAAAGUGCUAGUGUUUCCAAAAUAACAUGAAGUAUUUAGAAGUAUCACCCUUUCUUGCCUAGCAACCGAUUUGGGCUUCCUGUUUGUAUGACACGAUAUUUGGCAUAGCCUCCACAGCUUUUAUCAGGCCAUGUUAGACUGACUGCAUUUUCCAUCAUAAGGAAAGACGUAGACAUGAGAUGUGAGUUGUAGUGCGGUGUUGAAUUUUAACACAAUUUUCUUGACAGCUCUUUCUGCAGUUUUGUAGAAAGCAAAAAGUGUUAGGUUCUUAAAAGCGCCCAGGAUGGUCACUUAAAAUGUGCAGCAAUAGCACUGCCUGGAUUAAGCAUAAAAGGCUUUUGAACUGUGUGAUUGGACAUAGACAGUAAGUUCGAUAAUAGUUUUUACUUGCCUCUUUAGGUAUCAGUUCUGCUUGAGAAUACUUAAGUGUUUGCCAGAAAAUGUGGGUUUCGGUUUUAACAAAUGCAGUUUAAGUGGAGGUGCACAUUUUGAUCUUGGAAUUUCAUUUGAGAAUUUAGAAGUGUCAUGUUUAUAAUUGUUCAGUUGUGUUUGCUGGCUUGUCACAAAGCAAUAAAAUUUUUUGGUCUUUUUGUAA